UCAUUUGUCUUUCUAACUGAGACUGGGUCAAAAUUAAUGCUGAGAUUGCGUGCGGCGGUCGAUGCAACAGAAAAGGGCCGCGACGCUGGGGCUUCAAGAACCCUAGCGCCAAACUUGCGUUCGAGUUCGCGAGGUUUGAAUUUUUAUCCAGUUGAGGGCGAAAUCACUGGCACCUACCCUUUAUUCAAGACAGUGAUCCAUAGGUGGAAGUGAAGUAUCUCCCAAUCUUUUAUGCCAAUUGUUCUUCUCUGCUCCACGGGCAAACUAGAACCGUGAUUCAAGAUUCGCCGCGGGAUGAAUCGGAAGAAAGAGCUCUGUAGGAAUUUUCAGCGCGGAAGUUGCCAAUAUGGAUCUCGCUGCAAAUUUCUUCAUACCACUCAACAAGAGACAAAACCUAAUCCCUAUGGUUUUGGAAACCAGAGUACCAUACAUUUUCCAAACACUACUCAGCAACAAAAGCCAAAUCCUUAUGGUUUUGGAGUGCAAAACAAGCCCCAAUUACAGAACAACACCCCUCAGAAAGGUUCCUCCAAUUUUGUAGCUAAAUACCAAACUCCUGCCAAGCCAUUUGAAAACAAGUGGACAAGAUCAUCCUCGUCUGGAGCUGCAAAUGUAACUGCUACACAAGCUCAAGCUCAGUCCCAAGUAUCAGAUCACAAGUGCACAGAUCCUGAAUCCUGCAAAAAACAAAUAAUCGAAGAUUUUAAGAAUGAAGCACCUCUUUGGAAGCUUACUUGUUAUGGCCAUCGCAAGUAUGGUCCUUGUGACAUUGUUGGUGAUAUUAGUUAUGAAGAACUUCGGUCAGCUGCAUAUGAUGAUGCAAGGCAAGGAUCAAGUGUUCAGUCAAUUGUUGAGAGAGAGAGGAAGUUAUACCUUUCCAAGUUGAAUGAAUUUGAUAAUUUAUUGAAAAAACCAUAUGGUUCACAAAGCCCUAGUUUUCAUCAAAUGAAUUCCACUCCCAUUUCAAGCUCACCUCAGAUGAGUCAGUCUCCUAUGUUGAUGAACAAUGCAUCAUCCGUAAAUGUUCAAGGAAAUAAUGUCCCCUCUUUUUCAAGUUUUAGUCAACUAAAGGCAACAACUAAUCUUGGCUAUGAGAACAGGUCUGAUCCACAAGGAUUCCCCAGCGGUAAUUUUGGUCAACCUAGCCCUUUCCAGAAAGUCAGCCAAAGUUCUUUUGGUUUUGGAAAAUUUGGAAAUUCAGGAUUGUUUGGUCAGCAGCCAAUACAACCAGCUGGAAACUUUCCAAAUCCAAGCGUUUCUUCAUUUAACUUUGCUGUAAGGUCUAUUGGGUCUCCGUCUCCCCAGAAUUUUGGUGGCACAAAUAGUCAACAACUCAACUCUGUUAGUAGGGCUGGUACCCCUUCAAGUGAUGAUGAGUUUGAGGUUGAUGAUAGUAUUUGGAGAAAGGAAGAAUGGAAGAUAGGAGAGAUUCCUGAAAGACCGCCUCCAGCUGGUGUAUGUUGACAAUAUUACUACUAUGGGGAAAACGAAGAUUUGCUUGUCCUCACUGGCUCAGCAGAUGCAUUCUCUAUUAAAUGCUGCUUUCUCCAAGAUGCUGGAGGAUGUUCACUUUCCAACUUAAUGCGAUGAAUAUCAGGCAUCAGAAAUGUAAUCUUUGGAACCCUUUGAUUCAUCAAAUUCUUUGAGGCCAUGCACGUUUCAAGCUGAAGCUCUUCCCAUAAAAAACUAAGCUGCUCAUGAAGAAUCUCUGCGAGUGGAUUGGAGGGAGGGUAUAAUGAAUUUGAUUCUGAUGCACAAGGUUUUGAAUCCAUUUCCAGAUUUUCUGCCCGCUAUUCUGAUGCACAAGGUUCUGAAGAAUGUCUAUUUGUAAGUUUUCUGUCUCUGUUUUGAUUUUCUCAAUUUAUUAUUGUAAUUAUAUAUAUUUGACGCAAAAUUAAAUAUCUUUUGCUAAAAAAGAAGUUAUUAUUAGGACCAUCAAUGUAUCCUUCAUUUCUGUUGCGACUACGUCUGUCGAUGUGAUCAGGAUUUGUUAGGAGAGUAAACGAAUGAAAAUACUUAGUGACGUUUUGGAUAAAAUGUUUAGCUAAUUAAUUCAAUAAAAAAGAUAUUUUUUUUCAUAGGGUGAUGGACAGUUUGUAGCAGUUUGAAGAAUUUCUUGUGUUUUUUUUCUCUUUCUUGCGAUAUGGUUCUAUGACCCCUUUCAUGUUGUGAUAUAAAGGAUGAUUCUACUUGACAAAGAUCAUCCGACCUUCAAACAAUAUUUUUCAGUGCAUGUAUAACUUUCAAAUCUUUUUGUUUCAACUAACUACAAUUUUAAAGACCACAUAUUUCAGUAUCUAUAUCAACAAAACAUAUGUUUUUGUUCUAACACAACCUUUGUAUCACGGUUUUAAAUGCUCAUAUAGUAUUAUGAAGUUAAAGGUCAUCAACUAUAUUUCGGAAGAACAACUCUACAAUUCCAAGCAUUCAUGGUUUGCAUCCUAGUUAUGAUUUACGCACUGUUGGACAUUUUACUAAACAUUUUCCUCUAGUAGAAUAAAAAUAUGUAAUGUUGGCACUUGGGUGAGGAUUUGUUUGCGCUUUCAUAUUUACUUAGGUAUACGGAGUUGUUGGAAUACUCCCAUAGAAUUGAACCGAUAUCUUUCAGAUUAAUUGGUUCAUAAAAUUGGAUACUUGAUUAUCGAAGAAAAAAAAAACCAACUCUACAAAGGAACACGUCUUAAAGCUACACCAUGCACUCACUUUAAAGUAGUAUUUUUUUUAUAAUUUGUUUAAUUCAUGACUUCUAGUUCUCCUUUCCAAGUUGCUUCUCAGUUCACAUUCAUAUGCUGGAAUUUCAAAGGUCAUGUGUUUUAAUUUGUCACUAACUUUGUGUACUAUGGAUGCUUUAUAAAAAUACAUUAAAAAUAAAUACUAUUUUAAAAUCGAGAAUCAACUGACAUUUAUACAAAUUUUCAUAUCUAUUAUUAAGUUUGAAACUUUUUAGACUAUGGUAAGUUCAUAUUUUAAUUUAAAAUCCAUUGUUCAUCUAUUUUCUAUAGAGCUGUUGUUAACUUGAUAGGAAUUGCAUGAGCACUGAUUUAGCCAUGUAGAUGACCAUAGUCGUGACUCGAUUGAAGUCAACACCAACUAGAAGGAUGAGAAGAAGAGGAAACUUUGAUGGUUGAAUCGGCUCUCCCAUGACAUUGAUGCAGAUUGAAUAUUUGAUUAGUAAAAUGUGACCAAUAGAUUUGGUUUGAUUUUGAAAGCAUUCUUAAAACCACUUGGCUUAAAGAUGUAAACUAAUGUUUACUUGCAGUAAACAUGUGAUGGUUCAUGAUGGCAAUCCUUCCCUUCUUGGAUCCCAAUCCAAAAGACUGUU